AUGGCCCCAAAAUCCAAAAAACCCGUCCCAAAACCUCAACCAAAGACUACGACCCCAAACUGGCCUCCCCUCCGCCCCCUCCUCCCCGCCGCCGAUCUUACCUUGACCCCCCCUCCUCACCGACCAAAUCUACCUAAUCCGCAACUUCCUCCCAGGCACCCUAAAGACGAGGCCUUACGCGUCAACGACCGGUUCCAGAUUGACGAUGCGCGGUUUGCGGAGAUGCUGUGGAGCACAACGGCAUUGAAGGAGCUUGUCACGACGCGUUUCGAAGAAGACGAGUACGGAUACAGCCAGCCUGCCGAAGAAGACGAUAAUGCGCUUGCUGAACGCGCACGUCAACUCUGGGGCGGGGAGCCGUUGGGGUUGAAUCCUAAUAUUCGCAUUUAUCGAUACUCUGCAGGACAGUUUUUCGGACAACAUUACGACGAUGCCAAUAAUAUAACCCUCCCCCCACCGAACUCGCGCUCGAAAGCGACACCUGCACGCACAACCUGGACUCUACUGGUCUACCUGACAUCCUGCACAGGCGGUGAAACAAUCUUCUACCCAGAGGCCACGCGCGCAAAUCGCAAUCCAGGGCCGAUAGCUGUUGCGCCGGAGGUUGGGAUGGCGCUGUUGCACCGACAUGGAGAUCAUUGUAUGAUACAUGAGGGGGCCGAGGUUACGGGGGGAGAAAAGUGGGUUUUGAGGAGUGACUUGGUUGUUCCAAGGUGA